UAAUAGAAGGCGAAGACCUUUAUUCAUGCUAUAGUUUUCAUUAUGCUUAAGAAACUUUGCACACUUCUCUUCGUAGAAACUCUCUGUUAUUGGAUUUUAAGUGUUAAGUAUUUAUCAAGGAUGAAGUAGUAAUAAAACAAAUAAGGUGUAGUGUCAAGGCAGAGGAUUUAAGAUUCGGAAAAGGGCCAAAUAUACCCCUGUACUAUCAGAAAAGGGUCAUAUAUAACCUUUGUUAUAGGCUUAUACUUUGGGUCUAAAUAUACUCCUACCGUUGUACUAUUGGUUCAAAUAUACCCCUCAUCUGUUAAGUUUGUCCAAGAUGGCCAUCCAAUCCUACGUGGCACUGACAUUUGAUGAGGUGGAUGCCACCUCAGCUCCCCUAACCCAUUUUACCCCUCCCAUCUAUUUGUUCUUCCACCACUAAAUUUUUCUUCCCCUCCACCACCAUUACCGCCACCAUGACCACCCUAAUUUAUUUCAUCUUUCAAGCAGACAAACUACUUCAGGCUAAUAUAUAUGAUUCUAUUUUCUGUAUCUUUCUUUGUACUGUUUCCCACAGCAGCCAUAUCUGAAAACCCAUCUCAUAGAAAUAUCACAGCUAUAAAUAGAGGCAAUUGAGUCCCAAGAUUUCAGCCUGUGUUAUAACAUGUAAAUAUUUCAUACAUAGCAAAGAUACUUUGAAUUAGCUUCUGGGUUCUUUUUACAGUAAAGAUCCCAACUUUCUUGCAAAUUUCUCCAUCACGAGAUAAAUUUGAAGUCUCUGUUAAUAAUUUGGUUUCUGUUGUUGUGAAAAAAAGAAAAGAAAAUGGCCUGGAAGAAGAUCAAAGAGUAUGAUUCGAAGAGAUUGCUGAAAGAACACUUCAAGAGGUUUUCUGAUAGUACAAGGGUAUAUUUGGCCCUUUUCCGUUUAAGAUUUCCCGCCUUUCAGAAAUUCGAUUGGAAAGGCUUACACCUGGAUAGUAUUUCCGCAUUAUGCAAAUUCUGUAAAAUAUGAUGCUUUUGUAGAUACUCCAGCAAGAGGAAAAAGAAUAUAGCAAAAGUUGUACCUUCCCGUGGUUGUUCCAUUUGUUAUGAUCAAAGCCAAGAGAUCCAGUCUUAAUCAGUUAAUUGAUAAGUUUGUGUUUUAAGAUAAAUAUGGGCACCUCAUUUUAGCUAUGUGCUUUCUAUUUUACCAAACUUCAUAUAUUUUGCAGCGUUUUCCUAAUCAUUCUUUGGAACUAAUACAAUUAUUUAGUCAAUUAUUCUUUAUACAAUGUAUAUAAUCAAAUGUUUUCCGAGUGAUCCACAAACCAAAUAUAUUUUUAAGCUUUUAUUCACUUUGGUCUUUUAUGAUGACAAAAUAACAAGCACUUCCUUGUUUCCUUGUUUCAUGUAAAUAUACUGCAGUUGCAUGCACAAGAUGAGCAUCACUGACAGAAAAUUAAUUGACAUGGACUGGUAACUUGGAAAUUAAAGUUCACAUAGAAGAGCUUAAAUUAGUAUAAGCAAGUAUAAGAUGUGCUUGAGAAAAGGACAGUAUAAAAUUUGGUAUCAUUUUUAAGACCAGCUUAUAAAUUUAGACGAUUGGUAUAGAAAACUUCCAUGAGUUGUUGUUUGUUGUGGAAACUAAGAAGUAUAUAGAUCAUAGUAAAUUCCGGUCAAUGUUAGUUAGACUACUUGGGUUGAUCAUCUUCUCCGUGAGUCUCUUACUGCAACACUUUGAACAACUCCCAUGCUUUCUUUGUGUUAGUUUGAAUAAUAGGAGAUAUAGGAAGGUAUCAUCUGUCUGUCUUGGUCUCCACUCCCCUUCCCAAUUAUGUAUGGUGAAUAUUGACAAAUUAUAUAAGGACUUCUUCUUAAGGCAGGACAAGGGAGGAAACAUAGGCCAAAAGGGUGGUCAUUGUACCUUUAGAAUAUAGAACCAUCAUCCAGCCAUUCGGCUUUGUUAUGAUUCUUUUUGGGUUAAACAAUCAUGAAGCUCCUAUACAUUAGGUUGUCAUACGAACAUAGUAACUAACAGGUCUAAUUGGAUGUUAUUACUAAACAUUUAUCUCUGCUUAGUCAUUUAGAUUUGGCAACAAAGUUCGCAGGGUAAAAGCAAGGAGAAGUUUGUCUAGAAAAUAGAUACUAAAGGUAAAUCGAUAUUGUUGUUUCUUUUGUUUAGACUUUUUUUUUUUUUAAAUUUCGAUACAAUUUUAUGUCACGCGGUGUACUUUUGGGAACUAUGAACACAAUACAUUUUUAUGUAUUUUGCUAUAAUCUCUUGUUUGUAACAACGUAGUCUUUAUGCUAAAAAUUGAUGCUACCGUUCGUUUCCCCCCCAAAUCUUUAGGAAAAUAGGGAUUUGGAUGCUAAAACCAAUAAGCUACAUGUUUGUGCUUUCUGCGGUUCUAAUAUUUUGGGAGUUCUACAUAGAAUAGAGCGUUGAAUUAGAACUCGAUUAGUAUUUGAUGGUUUGUCCAAUUAUAACGUUUUGAAUUUGCUUCUUUGAUGUUUGCUUAGAUUCUGUAACAGCAUGUUCUGAUAUUUUGUCAAAUACAAUCGCAAAAGAAGAUUUGUGACGCUAGAAGUUUACGGAAUACUAGACUUUCAAAAGGGAUGCAUGAAGCAAGUGAACUAUGUGCAAAUGCUCGAACUCCACAUGGUGGAUAUUUCAUAACCUUUUGGAUAUCUUGUACAACUUUAUUCCUCAAGGCCUGUAUAUAAAUGAAGGACAUAGUUCAAUCAGACUUGAUCAAAGAAGAAGAUGUCUCAGUUUGUUCAUCAAGCAUAUUUAAGUUUCAGAAGCAAGGAAAUAAGCAAGACCUUUGGAGAUCAUCUUCAUACAGCCUUGUUAAAUGCUGGUAUCCCCUCAUUCAGGCCUGAUGAAGAGCUUAAGGAAGAAGAGAAAAAGCUGCAGAAAGCAAUUCAAGAAUCCAGAGUUCUUAUAGUUGUCAUUUCAAAAGACUAUGCUUCUUCUCAGAGAUGUCUUGAUGAUCUCAUCCAUAUGCUUGAAAGCAAGAGAGCUUUUGGGCAUUUUCUUCUGCCUGUGUUUUAUGUUGUGGAUCCAUCAGAUGUGAGGAAGCAGAAAGGGAGCUUUGAAGAAGCUUUCUUUAGGUAUGAAGAGAGAUAUAAAACAGAGAAUGAUGAAAGGAGAAAGAAAUGGAUGGAGAAGGUGGAACAAUGGAGGGCUGCUUUAAGAGAAGUUGCUGAUUUGGGAGGAAUGGUCUUACAGAAUCAAGCUGAUGGGUAUGAGUCGAGGUUUAUACAAGAAAUUGUCAAGGUGGUUGCAGGAAAAUUGAGGCGCACUAUGUUAAGUGUUGCUCCCCACCCAAUUGGAAUAGAUACUCGAGUCAAGGACAUUGAUUUGUGGUUACAAGAGGGAUCAACUAGUGUAGAUAUUCUGGCAAUACAUGGUAUGGGAGGAAUUGGCAAAACCACAAUAGCCAAAACAGCUUAUAACCUGAAUUUUGAUAGAUUUGAAGGCAGCGGCUUCCUUGCAGACGUGAGAAAAGUUUUAGAAAAGUACGAUGGUUUAGCUCGUCUGCAAAGACAACUUCUUUCAAAUAUUCUUGGGAAAAAUGUUGAAAAGAUAUACAAUGUCAGUGAAGGGGCCAUCAAGAUUCAAGAAGUCAUCAGCUGCAAAAGAGUCCUCCUUGUUCUUGAUGACAUAGACAACAUAGAUCAACUAAAUGCUGUACUUGGUAUGAGGCAAUGGUUUUAUCCAGGUAGCAAAAUUAUCAUAACAACAAGAAAUGGCCAUUUAUUAACUUCUACUGAAGCAUGUAGAUGUAGGAUGUAUAAGCUAAAGGCUUUGGAUGCCAAAGAAUCAUUUCAAUUGUUCUGUUGGCAUGCAUUUGGUGAAGAAAGCCCCCCUUUAGAGUAUAUGGAUCUUACAAUAGAUGUUGUACAUCAUUGUAAAGGAAUUCCGUUAGCUCUUAAAGUUUUGGGUUCCUCUCUUGGUGAUACAAGUAUAGAGGUUUGGGAAAGUGCAUUAAGGAAAUUGAAAGCUAUUCCAGACAGUAAAAUCCUUGAAAAACUAAGGAUAAGUUAUGAAUGUCUACCAGAUGAUAAUGUUCAGAACCUAUUCCUUGAUAUUGUCUGUUUCUUUGCUGGUAAGGACAAAGAUUAUGCAGUAACCAUACUUGAUGGGUGUGGGUUCUUUUCAGUAGUUGGAAUUCAGAUUCUUGUUGACAGAUGCCUAUUAGCGAUUGACCAUAACAAACUGAUGGUGCAUCAAUUACUUCAAGACAUGGGAAGAGGAAUUAUUCGGGAAGAAUCCCCUUGGGAGCCUAGGAAACGAAGCAGAAUUUGGAAACACAAAGAUGCCUUUGACAUAUUGCUGGGGAAAACGGGUACUGAAAGAAUCCAAGGUCUAGUUCUUGACAUCCGGAUGCUGAAGGAAGUGAAAUACAUCAGACAAAAUUUCAAUGGAAAUAAUAUUAACUCACAAAGGCAACAGAGUUUAGCUGCUGUCGAGCUGUUCAGAAAUGUUUUUUCAGGAACUUCAAAUGGUGUACAGUUUGAAAUUGAUUCAUUUUCAAGAAUGCAGAAACUGAGAAUUCUACAGCUUACAGAAACAACAUUCACUGGUAGCUACAGAUGGUUUCCUAAGAGUUUAAAAUUCCUCCAUUGGCGUGGAUUUUUUUUGAAGUCCAUUCCAAAGGAUUUUCCUUUGGAAAACCUGGUUGCUCUUGAUAUGAGGAGGAGCAGAUUGCAACAAGCCUGGGAGGGAACUAGGAUGCUUAAGUCAUUAAAAAUUUUCAAUCUCAGUCAUUCCCAUUUCCUAAGAAGAACUCCUGAUUUUUCUGGGCUUCCUAAUCUGGAAAAACUCAUGUUGAAGGAUUGCAUAAGAUUGUUCCAUAUUGAUGAAUCGAUUGGAGAACUCGAGGCACUUGUUCUCUUGAACCUAAGAGACUGCAAGAAUCUGACGAAUCUUCCAAGAAGCUUUUGUAAGCUCAAGUCCUUGGAAACACUCAUCAUUUCUGGCUGUUCUGGACUUGCUCUAUCAACAAUUGAUCUAGGAAAGCUGGAAUCAUUGAAAACCCUCCAUGCAGAUGAAAUUAACUACGAUCACAAGAAAUCAUGGGUUGCACUCUGGCAAUCUUGGUCAUCAAAAUUAAGAAAAUCCCCAGAUUGUGGCAACUUUUCAUUAUAUUCUUUAUCAAGUUCCCUGGUUAGCUUAAGUCUGGCAAAAUGCAAGCUAACAGAUGAUGCUUUGUCACUUGGUGUUAACAACCUUUUCUCAUUACGACACCUGAAUUUAAGUGGAAACCUGAUUUCUAACCUUCCACAGAGUAUCACAAAUCUGAGUAUGCUUCAGGACCUUUGGCUAGACGCAUGCCCAAGCCUCCAAUCGCUACCCAAUCUUCCUUCAAGGCUCAUCAAGCUGAAGGCUACAGAAUGCACAUCACUAGAAAGAGUUACAAAUCUAUUGGAGACUCAUACACUAUUCUUGGAUGUUAGAGGCAGUGAGAAACUAACUGAGAUUCCUGGACUGUUCAAGCUGGAGCCGAUAAGUAAUUUCAAAGAGGAAAUGGUAAACACUUUGAACCAUCUCAACCUGGAUGAUAUACAAAAUACAGAUGUGGAACUAUUUAACAGGCUUACCAACACAAAAAGGAUAUAUUCAGUGCAGGGACUCUAUGAGUUUGGCAUCUUCAGCACUUAUUUUCCUGGAAGUGAGAUCCCAAGUUGGUACAGAAGGAAGGGUGAAGAAAGCUUAUUGACUCUGAAAGUGGAUUCUCAUACUAAUACAAAGAUUAUAGGACUUAAUAUAUGCGUUGUAUAUUCACGUUCCAAUCACCAGAAAUCUCGAUGCUGGGGUGAAAACCAACUCAGGAACUGGUAUUCCUUCUUCAUCAAACUGAAUAAUGUGUCCAAGGAUGUCAAAUGGAUUUACGCCCCAACAUUCAUAGGCAUUCCAGGACCUAAUGAAAACUUGACAUUUUUAUGCCACUGGAAAUUGGGGAAGUAUCUAGAAGCUGGUGAUGAGAUUAAUGUCUCAAUAAUAGGUUGGAGUUAUACUUUUCAGAUGAAAGAUUUUGGAGUUAACCUUGAGUUUGACACACUAGAAACAGAUCUAUCCCGAGCAUCAAGUGGUGAUUCAAACGAGCUAGCAAUUAACAGUAAUGAUCCUAGUGCUUAUGUAUCUGGAGACUGUGUCAUGGAAAGUUAUAUGCCUCUGUAUCAGCUAGCAUGGAAUCAUUACUGCUUUUCUCACCCAGACUACUUUUUGUUUAAUGGACACCAAAGGAAACAAGCAGCAAUGAGGUUGAUUUUGUACCAAAAAUUAUUCGAAGAUUUUGUGCAGAGAAAAGAAGAUGAUAGUGAUAUUGAUAUCUACCAUGAGAAAUAUGCUGAGGAGGCUGCCUUAGCGGAACUAGAAGAUGACGUAGAAUGGCCUUGGUAACUGGUAACCAGUGGAGGGUGAGGCAAUCUUGAAUAUUGGUUCAGUUGGUUAUUGCAUGAUUGAUAAACUAUUAGGUGAUAGAGAUUCUGAUGCCUAUCUUAUUAGGUACACAACGUAUAUCUUCUGGCUAGAGGUUUAGACACCAAUUAUGUGUGAAAGAGACAAUCCUAGCAACAAAUUUUCUCAAAUAUUUGAUCACGCAAGAGAAAGUUUCUAAUUGUCUUGAAAUAUCUUUCUCGCAGUGUAAUUAUUUCUUCUACUUUAUCUUUCGAUUUUUUCUCUCCAGAAAGUUUAUCUUUCAUUUGUCGUUCUUUGAACACUCCAUAGAUUUUCAGAUGAUUUCCUGUGUAUUUGGUUUUUGCUGUUAAUCCAGAAAGGGAAAGGAAUGUUCAAGCUUAGUUUCAUUACU